CUGGGAACACGGCUGCUCUUGCAUCUUUUCCACAUUCCCCCGGCUUACCCACGAGAAUGAAAGCUUGUGAGCUGAUGAUGGGCACGGUGUGCAGGUGCUGGAUGAGCUGCGGCUUGCUCCUGGGCGCCCUGGUUGGUGUUCCCUUGAGAAACUCUUUGGGCUUCACGAUACCUGCUGGAAAUCAUACCACAGCAGGUUUUGGCUCCAUCCCUCUGGUCCUCGAGACGUCGGGAGAGAUGUACGAGUACGUGUCCUCGCCUCUGGAUUGGUGGCACGCGGAUGCAUACUGCCGGCAGCGCUUCGCUCAGCUGCCCUCUGAGGCCUGGGACAACGAGCUGGCUGCUCUCAGCAAAAAGCUGCACUCCCACCAAGUCCAGGGUGCCCUAUGGGUCAACGGUGAGGAGGUGUUCCUGCAGAAGCCCAAGCCAAGACGUCCUCACACAACACUGGUCCUGGUGUUCAAGGACAAAACGGACACCAAGUUUGUGAAGGUGCUGUCCAAUUUCCCGGCGAUGUCAGCGGUGAGCGCUUGUGCCCAUGUCCAGUGGGACCCUGGGGCUUUGGAGAUCUCCACUGUCUUCUCCUACGCUGUCCCGGCGUUCAUCAACGAGUUCCAGCUACGGGGCUUUGUCGACCAGGACGGCUUCGUUCGCUUUGCCGUCAUCCUGCAUGGACAUCACUCCCCGUACUUGCCGGUGUUCCGGGCUGAUGGACGGUGGCACCACUUCUGCGUCACUUGGCAGCAGCACGAAGGGACGUGGGCUAUGUACGCCGAUGGGAAGGAGAAGGCCUCAGCUGUGGGUCUCUCGGCCUCCCAGGCCGUUGGUGGUCAUGGCACCUUCAUCAUUGGGCAGGACCAAGACUCCUUGGGUGGCGCCUUCAAGGAGAAAGAGUCCUUCAGUGGAAACCUCACUGGACUCCACGUUUGGCAGAGAGUCCUCAGCAGGGAACAGGUGGAGAAAGUGCGUUCCUGCAUGCCCAUUGCGGAAGGGGUGGUGUUCGCCUGGAACGGCGACAUCCUAGAAGUAGAGCCAAGCGUCCAGCAGGCCACAGUGCAGCUCACCUGUCCAGGGCCUGUGGAAGAAUGCCGUGUGUUUAAGGCGAACUCUGGAAGCCUCGCUGAUGCUGCCUGCCUGCAGGAACUCACCUUUGUGUGCCGCUACAAGAAAGAUCUUUACUUCUGGCUGAAGAAAAUGCAGUCAGGAUCCGUCCCGCCGCUCAUCACUCAGGUUAACGCGCGGGCGAAUGCCACGGUGAUCCCUGCAAGCGUCUUCCAGGCAGAGGGCCAAGCCGUGAAUGUUUCAGCAGCCGCUGAUUUCCUGGGGGUCGUGGAGACGGUCCUCUCGGAUGCUGAGAUGCCUCCUCUGAAUGCGGCCGCCCUCCUGGGUGUCUUCCAGCUGCUGAAAGAGGUCUCGGUCAUGGAAGUCGACGAACCAGAGCAACUGGUGGCGCUAGAACAGCUGGGACGGCGCUAUGUGGAAGUUGCUGGGAUCCUCUUGAAGGAAGAGAACACCCAGGAAUGGUCUGAGAUCAAACCGAUCAUCGGUGGACCCAUGGCAGUUGUGGAAAAUGUGGACAAGAUGGCAUCCAGCCUCCAUCAGCUCCUGAGCACAGAUCGGCCAAAAGUCACCAUCCAGAGUAAGAAUAUCGGCGUCGAAGUGCGGCGUGUGGAACUCGGCACGCUGGCAGCUGGCAGCGCUGCGUACGUGAUGGUGAACCAGCAGCGAGACCAACCUGACCAGAUUGAGGUUCCAGCAGAGGAAGUGGAGAGGCUGAGAGUGAGAGGCCUCCGCCAAAUCACCGUCACAAACACCUGGUACAGCCAUGGUUCCCUACAGCGCCUUCUUGCGGGCGGCAGUGCCGUGUUCGAGGAUGCGGCUGUGUCGGACGGAGGCAGGAGGUACCUGAGCACCCAGGUGGGUUCCUCUAUCAUCUCCUCCACUCUGGUCAGCGACUAUGAGGAAAUCAGCACAGCCGUGCGUUACCGUCUCCGGCACCAGGCCCAGGCGCUGUCAGACCAGCUCGUGGAACCCGUCUGUGCCUUCUGGAACUUCAGCAGGAGCCCCGAAGGAGGCGGAGCCUGGUCCACGGCAGGCUGCUCGGUCAUCGCCUCCCACGUGGACUUGACCGCCUGCUCCUGCAACCACACCACCAACUUCGCAGUGCUGCUACAAGUCUACGAGGUGCAGAGGAGCGCAGAGGAGGAGUCGACCUUGAAGACCCUGACCUUCGUGGGCUGCGGUGUUUCGUUCUGUGCCCUGAUCGUCACCUUCGUCCUCUUCCUGGCAGUCGGCGUCCCCAAGAGCGAGCGGACCACGGUGCACAAGAACCUGAUCUUUGCCUUGGCAGCAGCAGAAGCACUGCUCAUGUUCAGCGAAUUGGCCAAAACCAACCAGGGAGUGUGUUUUGCCGUCACGGCUUUCCUGCAUCUGUUCUUCAUGGCUGCCUUUGCCUGGAUGCUCGUGGAAGGGCUCCUCUUGUGGAGCAAAGUGGUAGCCGUCAACAUGAGUGAGGAUCGCCGGAUGCGGUUUUACUACGUGACCGGAUGGGGACUGCCCGUCGUCAUUGUCGGCGUGACCCUGGCCACGUCGUUCAACAAGUAUGUGGCAGACAACCACUGUUGGCUGAAUGUGCAAACAGACAUCAUCUGGGCCUUUGUGGGACCCGUCCUCUUUGUCCUGACGGUGAACACAUUUGUGCUUUUCCGGGUGGUGAUGGUGACGGUGUCCAGUGCACGGCGGCGCUCGAGGAUGCUGACCCCCAACAGCAGCCUGGAGAAGCAGAUUGGCAUCCAGAUCUGGGCAACUGCCAAACCUGUCCUGGUUCUUCUGCCUGUCCUAGGUCUGACUUGGGUGUGUGGCAUCCUUGUGCACCUCAACAUCACAUGGGCCUACAUCUUCAUUGUGCUGAACUCCCUCCAGGGUCUCUACAUAUUCCUGGUCUAUGCAAUCUACAACAGCGAGGUGAGGAACGCCAUCCAACGGAUGAAGGAGAAGAAGAAGGCCCUCUCCUUCACGAACUGUUCCCAUCCCAUCAAUUAUCUAUCUAGUCCAAGGAACACCUCCUGGGAAAUGGGGAAAUUCGGCCCUUCCACUCCGGAGACCACGGCGUCACCCUCCGCAGAGAAGGACACGGCAAGCAAGAACGCAAAUGGCAAAGGCAACUUCAGCACCAAAAUUCCAAUGGGACUUUCUUCAAUUAUGUCGCCGGAACGGCCGGCUGUGCAACUGACCGCAUUCAAAUCUUCAGGUUUAUGAAAAGAGCAGAUCUCCACCUCGUGAGGAUUCAAGGAUCGAAGCACAAGAAGACGGCAGAAGCAGAAGGGUCAC